AUGGACAGGCCUCCCCGGGCUCCCCUCCCCACAGUCGUAGACAUAGAGCAGUCUGCUCGCGAGAAGUUGUCGGAGUUUGCCUGGGGGUACUACAGUCAUCCUGAGGACGGACAAACGUACCGGGAUAACAUUGAGGCCUUCAAGCGAUACCGCCUCAUCCCACGGAACCUCCGUGACGUGUCCAUCCGGGACACCUCCGUAACGGUACUAGGUACCCGGAUGGAUAUCCCAAUAGCCAUUGGGCCAACUGCCUAUCACCGAUUGGCUCACCCUGACGCGGAAUUGGCAACCGUCAAAGGCGCCGCUGCCAUGAACACAGGGAUGGUGCUGAGUUCCUGGGCUAACCACUCCCUAGAGGAGGUGGCUGAAACGACCCCUCCCGGGAUCCGCUGGUUCUACAUGAUGUUCUACAAAGACCGUGGUCGCAUGAAGCGUCUGCUGGGUCGGGCAGAACGCGCGGGGUACACCGCCAUAUUCCUCACAGUGGACCAGCCUUUUUUCAGGUUUAAUAUUGACCCAAGGCCUGUGACUUUUCCUGUUCCUAUUAGACUUCCUAACAUUUUCGACGAAGAACCGCCCCAUGCUCCAGGUAGUGUGGAGCACCUGGAGUAUUUGAGAGCUGCACUGAAGCAACCGGCGACGUGGGACGACGUGCAGUGGAUCAGAGACAACACCCGCCUGCCUGUUGUCCUGAAGGGCAUUCUGUCAGUCGAAGACGCCAAGAUGGCCGUGGCGUGCGGAGUAAACGGGAUCUGCGUGUCUAAUCACGGCGGGAGGCAACUGGACGGCGUGCCGGCAACUAUUGACGUUCUACCGGACAUCUUCCGUGCGGUUGGCGGUAAGGCGGAGGUUUACCUGGACGGAGGGAUCCGGACUGGGACGGACGUGCUGAAGGCCUUGGCGCUGGGAGCCAGGUGUGUGUUCAUCGGCAGGCCCGCACUCUGGGGACUGGCACACAACGGUGCAGAAGGAGUUUCACAGGUUUUGCGGAUUCUACGAGACGAAUUUAGUCUGGCCAUGGCGAGGGCAGGAUGUGCCAAAGUAGCCGAUAUCACUUCUUCGCUUGUGGUCCACGAGUCGUACUACCUUUAUAGACAACACUGGCGACUUAACAUAAAGAACCUUAAAUCUAAAUAUUAAUCAACAUAACAGUACAACUGGGGCUUGUAGUCAUAUUUAAACAAUUUCCAUUGUGUAAUAAGGAAUACAUUAAUAACACAAUAGAAGUAGUGAUUGGUCUAUUUAUUUAUUUCAAAAAUAAAAGGCGCAAGUAAAAAUUUCUUACAGUUAUUUUCAAUUAUUUAUACUUUACAAUUUUACAAAGUGUCUAAAAGGGUCAUUGGGAUAAGAAUUUUUACACUUUAACAUAUUGAUUGUAUGAACUUCAAGAUUAUUAAAAUUACAAUUAAAAUACAUAUUAUUUAUACGAAACAUAUAUAUACCGAGUUAUUUUCAUUUACAAUGGAAAUAAUACAUUCAACAUCAUGCGGAUAAA